AUGGCCGCUUACCGCGACGGCCCGGGGCCCUGCGCGGCCCCGCACGGCCAGGCCCGGGCGGCCGCGCACCCCGCGGGCUACGCGCGUGGCGACCUGGGCGCGGCGGGCGGAGGUGGCCCGCGCCUGUGGCUGAACGCGCCCGCUCUCAGCUCCGCGCCCUACGCGCCGGGCCCCGCGCCCGCGUCCGCGUCCCCCUACGGCGCCCCUGGCCCGCUCCUCGGGGCCCCGGGCGGCCUGGCGGGCGCCGACCUCGCGUGGCUGAGCCUGUCGGGCCAACAGGAGCUGCUGAGGCUGGUGCGGCCGCCCUACUCGUACUCGGCGCUCAUCGCCAUGGCCAUUCAGAGCGCGCCGCUGCGGAGGCUGACGCUCAGCCAGAUCUACCAGUACGUGGCCGGCAACUUCCCCUUCUACAAGCGCAGCAAGGCGGGCUGGCAGAACUCCAUCCGCCACAACCUGUCGCUCAACGACUGCUUCAAGAAGGUACCCCGCGACGAGGACGACCCAGGUAAAGGCAAUUACUGGACCCUGGACCCAAACUGCGAGAAGAUGUUCGACAACGGGAACUUCCGAAGGAAGAGGAAGAGGAGGGGGCAGGCGAGCGCGGCCGCACCCUCGGGUGCCCGGAGCCCGGGAGGAACCAAGGCGCCCGAGCUGGAGCCCCUGGGCGCCGCCUCCCCGGACCUGCGGCUCUCGUCGUCCCCUCCCGCGCCCGAGGCAGCCGCCUGCUUCUCCAGUUUCGCCUCGGCCAUGGGCGCCCUGGCUGGAGGCCUCGGUACCUUUCCCGGGGGCCUGGCGGGCGACUUUUCUUUCGGGAGACCCACGACGGUCGCCGCCCACGGUACCCAGGCCCCCGGCCCCGCGCUCGGCUUCGCCGCUGGCCGUCAGACGGCGGCCACCGGCUUCCGCGUCGGUCACUUCGUCUACAGUCGGGAAGGGACCGAAGUUUGA